AUGCGUUUCUCAACAGUAUUCACUCUCCUCGCCGCCACACUCGUCGUUGCCGCACCAGCACCAGCCGACCUUCAAGCCGACGGUGACAAGGGCAAAGGAAAGAAAGAAGGAGGAGCCAUCGCGGCCUGUGAGACACAAACUGCCGCGGACCACGUCAAGUGCAUAGACGCCUGCGGCGCAGCCAAGAACGUCUUGAUGAGAAGAGCCGACCAAGGCCUCGGAGACAAGGGCGACAAGGGCAAAGGCGGCAAGGAUAAGGGCUGUAUUCUGGAUUGCACUUCUAAGGCUGUUGCCGGAUACACUGGUUGUGCGGGCGUUGGUCCUGGCCCCGUUCCUACCAAGCCCAACUAA